CACACGAGUAUAUAAUAAAGUACGCGCAAGAGCGCACGUGCGACUAUUGGCAACAAGCGUCGGCGCGCGCCUGCAGCUGUGCGAGCUGCGAGCGAGGAGCAUAUCAUUAUUGCGACAACGUCAGCCUAGCCAGUACAAUCGCGAACGACGCUCGCAGCCGAGUCGAGCGAGUUUCGAGCGCGAAUUCCGAUCGCCAAAAAGCUUGAGCUUGAGCUGCUCCGAGUCUGCUGUUGGUCGCGUGAGCGCAACUUCGCCAUAUUGCUGCUGCUGCUAAACGCUUUUGGGAGAGCCCCGCGCGUCGCAUGAGCCGCGAAUACCAACGGACGCCCGCUACAUCGUCGUGAAAUUCUUCGCGCUUUCUGUAUACGCAUAUUAUACGCGAUCAAAGCUGUGCAUAAGUACACUGUGUACUGCGUGCCGCGAGCGAGCAAAGAAGAAAAUAAAAAGAAUCUCUCUCUCUCUCUCUCGCCAAUCCGCGCGCCUCUCUAUAAGCGAAUUUCGCACUGACUGCUGUGUGUAUUAUACCGUGUCAGUGUCUGUAUCGGAGUUGUGCGUGUGUAAGGCCACUGUAUGUGUUUGUGCGCGACGCGUGUGUCGCUGCGCUAACUCGGAGCGCUUGUUAUAUUAUAUAUCGCGCGCGCGCCGAACCUACUGUAUUCUGUAUCGCCCAAUUGCAAAAACUCGGCACACUGCGUGUCGUCGUCGUCGUCUAGUCUUUGGUGCGCGCUUGUGACUGUGUGACCGUGUGUGACCGUGUGUGUGCGUUUUGUGUGCCAAAGCCACUGGCUAUACUGCAAGAGAGAUAUCUUUGCUCGUGCGACAGGCUACUGCUGCUGCUGCUACUGCUGCUAAGUAGACGUAGUUCGUCGUCAUCCUCGUCAGCGUCGUCACUGCGUUUCUAAGAAUAAUUCUAUAAUGUCUGAGCCCGUGCUAGACCAUGUCGACUCCGUCGACGAAGAGUUGGAGACGGAUACAAACUACAAACCUCCCCCUGAAAAGACCAUUGAACAGAUCAUGGAGGCUGAUAAGGAAGAUGAAAGCCUGAGGAAAUAUAAAGAAACUCUGCUUGGUGAAGCCAAAGCGGGUGGUGUUGUUGUUGAUCCCAGCAAUCCUCGAAAAGUCAUUGUUAAGAAAUUGGCCCUAUGCGUGGCUGGUCGACCAGAUAUGGAGUUAGAUUUAACUGGUGAUCUUACAACACUCAAGAAACAAACAUUUGUGAUUAAAGAAGGAGUUAGUUACAGAAUUCGAAUUGACUUCAUUGUACAACGAGAAAUUGUUCAUGGAUUGAAAUAUGUCCAGAAAACUUAUCGCCUUGGAGUUCCUGGAGUAACAGUGGAUAAAAUGACGCAUAUGGUUGGUUCUUAUCCUCCAAAAACAGAAAUCCAAUCCUAUACAACACCACCCGAAGAUGCACCUUCAGGUGUAAUGGCAAGAGGCUCAUACACCGUCAACUCUCUUUUCACUGAUGAUGAUAAGUUUGAACAUCUCAAGUGGGAGUGGUCUUUUGAUAUCAAAAAAGAUUGGAAAGAAUAAAUAAUUACUCAGUUACAACGCAAAAUGGAUAAAGAAAAACAAGCAAUGUUUUAAGAUAGACACCUUCUUGUUGUUUUCAUACAUUGUGUAUCAUUUAUAGAAUGUAUGCAUGUUAACGACCAACAAUCAUAAGCAAUGUUACUUUUUAAGGAUGUAUAACAAUUUUUUGCGCAUGUCAAAAGUUUGUCAUUUUGAUAACUCAUUCAAUGUGUAUUUAUUGCUCAUUUUGUGUGGUGCAUUGCAGUUACAUACAUGCCAUAAAGUUUGAAUGAAGUAUUGUUUGUAAGCGUUUUCUCUAAUAAGAAUUAUUAUUAUUACUAUUAUAACUAUUGUUACUAUAAUUAUGUUGUACUUGGUUUUUCAAGUCAAUUUACUUAGUAGCUACGUUGCGUUUUGUGAAUGUGUGUACCAUACUAAUAGUUUUGCUUAGAAAAACCACAUUCAAAUUACUGCAUUAAUUUAUAAAAAAAGUGAUUGAUAAUGGUAAUACAUAAAAAUGAUGCAUUUUGGAAGAGUUUAACUAGACAAAGUAUUUGAAAAUUUUAAUGAUGAAACCUAGUGCCGAUUAUACAGUAAAUAAAAGUUGUAGAUAUUUUAUGCACAAUCGUUAAUACUCGUGCCAAUGUUGUCCAAACUAUUAUCAAAAGUUUUUUUAGAAUGCGGCAUAAUGAUAAUUUUUCUUAAAGUCGUUAAAGAUCGUUAGAUAAAACGUCAUUAACUAAGUAGCGUAAUAAUCUGUUAGGAAGUUGAAAAAAGUAAUGAAUAUUUAUAAAUCAAGCUGAUGAGAUAUUUUUUGAAAAUUUUAAGAGAGAGCACACUUUCAAAGUACAUUUUUAGAUGUACCCCUUGAAUAAUAUAGUCGUCCCUUCAAAAAUUUAAUUGAAUGUUUUUAGACAAGUGCACUUUUGUAUAAACAUUUUACAUGAAAAUAUAUAAACGUCGUUUACCAUCGGCGUACACGAACAUAAUCAACGACACACAUUUACACACGUAGUACUAGUACAUAAAGUAAUAAUAGGAUUUAUGAAACGACUAACAUUGGUCAUCAUAUGUUAAAAAAUGAAAAAAUUACAAGUAUUGUAAUUGGAGAAAUGUUAUCGUAUGGGUAAUAAGUGUUCACUGUUAUAGAUGCGCGAUUGCUUAUGAUAUAUAUUCAGAAACAACCGGUACAAAAUUCGUUUGACCGCGAAUAAUAAAUCAAAAUGUCUACAUGUAAUUUUUCUGUGCGUUAAAAAUUUGUUGAUAUUAACGAGAGAUAUUCAUGCUGUGCUAAACUAUCAAUGAUGAAAAAUACUACGUAUGCAAAGCCGCGAAAUAAAUUUUAGUACAAAAGUUAACGAUGCUCUUUUAUACUCAGUACUUGUUUUCAAUAUGUACUUGGUUAAUCGGUUUGUCGAGUCGUAAUAGUAUAUAGUAUCUAAUUUUGUACCGAAAGCGGCGUAUUAGUGCUUUAUUUAUUUUCUAAAAAAAAAAACAGAUUCAAUUAGUUUUUUUAAUCGUAAGAUUGAACUACUUGUAGCGUAGAAGAAUAUAUUUUUCCGAAAGUUCUAUGCAUUACAUAUAUUUAAGUUGAAUUAUCGUUUAUCUAAUUGUAAUAAUAAUUGAGGUUCAUUUUUUUAACGCCAAAAUAAAGGAAAAUGAAAAAUGAAAA